UUGCAGAAGUUCAACGGCUUCCAAACAUGCAGCUCGAAUGGCGAUUAUGGUAGCUGCCUCUCUAGCAGCAAACAGGCCUUCUGCAACUGCAACAAUGGGAUGCAGUACCUCGACUGUGUCUCGGAAGCCAUUGCUGCGUCAACCUGUGUCGGGGCUGUGGGCGUCCCGGACUGGGAUGCCUACGAGCGUUCCUGGUUUCAGUCGUCAUGCCCGACACCGCCGAGCUCCGUCAUGACGCAGCUCCCUCAGCCGACCUCCGUCCAGCUUGACCUCCAGUAUGUGCCACCCCAGGAGCUACCCCCGCUACGCAGAACCAUCAUCACCAUCAUCCCCUCCGGGCCCAUCUCUCAACCGCCCCGCCCCACUGCCACCCCCAUGUUCCGCGACGGCGCCGAGCUCCUUGUAGGCGACUGCCAAUCUACUUCAUACACGUUGCUGGAUGGCGGCGACAUGGUUCUCUACGCUGCCUUUGUCGGGUGCAACGGCGACAGGCCACAGUGCUGUCCCUGGAACGUCACGACCGACGCCUCCCUGGAUAGCCCCGGCUCCGGCGGUGACGACAGUCGCGCGGCCACCAUACGGCCAGGUGAGUUCCCGGCGCCAGCGGGCAACGUCAAGGACAGUCUAGACCGAUGCCCGCAGGACUACUACUCUGUCUCAGGGCAGUGCUGCCCCAACGGUUACUACAAGUUCACCCGCCAAGUCGCCUCCCAAACCCCCUGCUUCAGCUCCCUCGCGGGCCGCGCCACCCCGCCCCCCAUCACCGUCGGCAUGCCCGCCAACCCGACCGACACCACCCUCCCCACCUCGGCCGUCGUCAACCUCGCCUGGGCCAUGGGCUUCAAGGUCGACGACGACCCGGCCCCCGCGCUAUCCAAGGGCGCCGUCGUCGGCAUCGGCGUCGGCUCUGGCGUCGUCGCUGUCACCGUCAUUGCCGCUAUUGCGUAUUUCGUGCUGCGGUGGCGGCGGAAUCGGCGGGCGGCGGCGGUGGAGGAGCACCUCGGGGCUGGCGAGGGCAUGACGUACACCGCGGGGUAUCAUGCGCCGCAGGAGAGGUUGGGUUCUCCGGCGCAGAUGAAGCUGGGGCAUGGGGUUCAAGCGGGGGGGGAGUGGGAUGGACGGUAUGGGUACCCGGUGCCGCAGGAUGGGGGGUAUGGGUCGUGA